UAUCCCGCACGUAUUUGCCGAAAAUGUUGCAAAAUGAGUGACUCAAGUUUUAAUGCACCUAAAAAAUUAAUAAAACAUUUAUCGCCUAUACGCAUCUCUAAAACGAGUGCAAGUAGAGGCCUUGUCCCGCCGGUUUUGCAGGAGGUUGGCAAACUUGCCGCUGGUGUCGCUGCUGUUGCGACAGGAUCCGCGACCGGGUGACAUAUUCUGCCUUCUUCACAUCGUUUCGUAACCUCAUCGAGCACACAAUGUCGGGAAUGUUAUAUUCUCCACCGUGCGUGAUAUGAAUACCUACCGUACAAAAAAUAAAAAGAAAGAAAUUCAGAAUUUCAGUUAGGAAAGGAAACCCCCGAAACAAACAUGCACUACAACCGGGCCACUCACUCAUGGACUGGAUCCGACUGGGAUCGUCGGGAAAGGACCUCACUGGAUUUGGAGCUCGAGCAGGACAACUAUCGGUUACACCCCACCAGUUGGCUCAACAUAAUCAACUGGACGAUGCAUGGCUAGCAAUACGAGGAAAAGUUUAUAACGUCACCCAUUACUUACCAUUUCACCCCGGUGGAGCAGAGGAGUUACAGAGAGGAAUUGGAAAAGAUGCCACUACACUUUUUGAUGAGGUACAUGCCUGGGUGAAUUACGAAUCCCUUUUACAAAAAUGCUAUUUAGGAAGGUUGGUAUCGGUGGAUCCUGAAGUGGAUACUCAUCAAUUGUUAUUUGGAAGCCAAGAGUCGCCCAACAAGAAAAAAAACAUUCCCUCCAAAGUGAUACUUCCAAACAAAGUUACGCCGAUAAACAUUGAAGAAACCACCCAAGAAUUAAACCCAUGCCCAAAAUUCGAUUGGGUCCAAAAAACCGAUUAUAUUACGUUGAUAUUUUACACGGGUCCGCUAUCUAAUGCCAAAAUUGAGAUACAAUCCUCAAACUCUACGAAUGAUUUGAAUGUUUGUUUAACUUACGAUGGGCAAGUAUUCGCUAAUGAAAUUAGAUUUACUAAGGAAAUUAAAUGGCCUGGCCAGAUAAAGCUCAAUUAUGAAACGGGUAAAGUCGAAAUGCAACUUAAAAAGUUGCAAAGUGGCAUUUGGGACACUUACGGGACACUAAGACAGACGACUGAAGUGGCCUCUAUUAAAGUGACAGACAAAAGAUGUAGAUACAGAAUUGUAAAUAAAAUAGAAGUUAAUUACAACACAUCUUUUCUUGAAUUGGAAAGAUGUGAUGAUACUAAAUUAACCGUACCUAUUGGUAGGCAUGUAAGGGUGUUCUUGACCGUGCAAGAUCAAGAUAUCUCUCGCAGCUACACGCCAAUUCCAAACAAUGUUCUUGUUAAGUUUAACUCGCAAAGUUUGAGCGUCGAUAAACUGUGUUUAAUGGUAAAGUCCUAUUCUAACGGAAUUUUGAGUAACUAUAUCUGCGGGAGAAAAAAGGGCGAUGUACUAGAAAUUUCGGAUUCGCUAGGAUCUUUUUCUCUUAAAAGUUUAGACAAUCGAGAAACGUUUCUACUGCUUGCUGCAGGCACUGGAAUCACGCCUAUUUUGAAGGUUCUCUUAUUUCUGUUGGAGAGGAGAAUACGUAGAUGCAAAAAUGUGACACUUUUAUUCUUCAACAAGACAGAAAAGGAUAUAUUACUGAAAGAUCAGUUAGAAACCCUUCACAAUGAAGAUAGUAGGUUUCGAGUGGAACACAUUCUUUCACAAGCAGACUCAAACUGGACAGGACACAAAGGGAAAAUCAGUAAUAACCUUCUUCGCGAUAGUAUUGACAAACAUUUAUUAAAUACUGUGUAUAAAGAAAGUGAUAUUUUUGCAUGUAUUUGUGGACCAACACAAUUUUCGCACUUAGCGCAAUCACUGCUCACUAGUACAGGUUUUAAUCGUGAACAAAUGCACGUGUUUUUAGGAUAGCAGGAAACGGUUGUUGCACAUAUUGUGAUUAAUUUAGCAAUGUUAGAGAAAUUCUUGCGCCAAUUCUUGCUACGGGUGUUAUGAUUAGGGAUUUUUGGAUCAACUAGGGACUUACCAGCGGUGGAAUUGGUUUGUGAAUCAAUCGAACCGCCGCGCCGGACUCGACCCGUGGAUUAUACUCAUUAAAAAUGCAUCUACAGAUAGAGCUUUCGCAGCAUCCACAUUCAACAUUUCGAAAUAACCUUUGUCCUCCCUUUUUCUCGACAUUUUGCUAAAACAUCAGCUCAAAUAUGGUACAAGUUGGCUGUUCCGGCAUUUGUAGGUCGAAUUUUUAUCAUACAUUUUCGCAUUACCUACUUGCGAUGUAAAUUAGGCAGAAAAAUGUGAUUUUACACAAUUGCAAUAAAAUGGACAAGAAUCGCUUUUAAUCUUUACAGUGCGUUUGAUGGUUCUUCUAUUGCCAUGUACAUAACUAGCAGCUGUCGUGUAGAUGUACUAAAAUUUAUGUAAGUAAAUGAUUUUCACUGCUAUUACGUAAAGCACGGUGCAUCAGUGUAAUCUCGUAGGAGUCUUUAGGAGGUUCUAAAAUUGUGAUUGUCAAUGGAAGCAAUUUUUUAAGUAUGCAUACUUUAAUGUGGCACAAGAACCAACUAUUGCUUUUAUUGUUAUAAAUAUUAAUAUGUAACAUUUUGAAAAUCUAUCGUAUUCUUAAUAUGAGGAAAUGUCUAUUUUGUAAUAGAACUAUCUUGGUCAAUAAAGCGAAAUGUGGUUUUAUAAGUUUUC